CGCUGUCGCAGCAAGAGGUGAGCUGUGCAGGGGGGCCGUGCCAGGACAGAUGCAACCUGGCAGCAGCUGCUCGCCCUCCUAAGAGCGUGCUCGUGGAUGGUGGUACCUGCAUUUGAUGAUCCCGGUGCGCUUAGGUGGCGGCCAGUCUUUAACUGCUGGAAGAGCCGCAAGAGAUGGUCUGAAGAGGGCCACUACCCUUGGCGAGUUUUUCUCGCAGUAGCCCUUUCCUCCUCCUUAUUUAAUGAGAUCCACCGGCGGAAAACAGCGCGGCAGGGCGUAAAAAACAAAAACCAUCCUUUGCUUUUCCCGUCCACCAGACAAUAGCGGGAACCAGAAGGCAGGCUGCACUGCCGGAGACACCAGAAACAGGCAGAGAAGCGGAGAGCAAAGAAAGAUUGGAAGCCCAGAACUGGCCGCCUAAACUAAAGAAUGUGAUGCAUUGUUUUUGGGUGCCCUGCUAAGGGAUAAGUAUGAAAUCCCGAUUAUCCUUAAACCUUCGCUAGAGAUCCCCCCCCCCCCCCCAAGAAGCCUCUCGUUUCUACUCAAUGAUGGGGGGUGGAGUUGCGAAUCGUUUCUUUUCUGGAGAGAAGGAGGAGUCCAGAAAGUCCGGAUGAAAUUGACCAGAUGGCCGUAAAAAUGAAGAAAGCUGAUCGCCUGACGGUUUAAAACAAACGAAAAGCCACUCUGCAUUGGAUGAUUUAUUCGCCACUUUUAAUAGCAUAGAGGCAAUUUCUGGGGAGACUUACCUUGAAAGGGCUCUCCGCGAUACAGCUUUGUCACAGUGUGUGAGUGCGCGCCUGUGUGUCUCUCUGUUCCCUCCAAUCCCUCCUCUAGCUGUGUGGAUCCUCCCCUUCUUGGGAAGUCGGGGAGAGGAGGAGGAGGAGGUGAAUGCCCGGCUUUCCUCUGAACAGCCGACCGAUUAUUGCCAGAAGAGCCCGAUCUGAGAAUCCUCGAGGAUGCGGCUGGCCGAAGACGCGAGCUGAUGAACGGUCCGGGAAGAGAAAGCCCGGACUGAAGCGGAUGGGCCCUGGAGAGAGGUUGGCGGUGGUGGGACCCGCCGCGCAGAGCUGCAUGCAACAGUACCUCGCGUGGAGCCAGCAGCUCGGAUCCCCUCUCUCUGCCUGCAGAAAUGCUGCAUCAUGAACCCAUCAACCCAGCCGGAGCAGCUCCUGAACCAGCCUGAAAACAGCACCCCUUGCGCCUGCUAGCAGCUGCAGAAAGGAAGGGAAUAAGGCGUGGACGAGGUUUAAAACAAAACAAAACCCACAAAAGAAGACCCGGGCCCCUUUCUGUCUGGCUGCUGCCUCCCGUCUGUUAUCUCAGGACCCCAGGAGGUAGUAGCUAGAAAAGGGAAACUCCUCUUUGCAAACGGGUGUGUAUGCAGGAAGGAAGAGGCGGUCUUGCAUUUUGUCGCGGAGCAUCUCGCCCAACAACUCCUCAACUUCGUGGCCAGUCCAAGGAGGAGCAACCCGGGCAGCUUCUGCUCGACAGACAGGCUGGCUGGCACUUCGGGGAAAGGAGCAGGGAGCACCGGGGCGAAAAAGCCCAGCCGCGGCAGACUCGGGGUUGGUCUGUUUGUUCCUCCGUCUCUAUUGGUCUUUCUGCUGUGCAGUCCCAGAGACACGUGUCAUCUGCUUGGCCCAGGAUCGCUAAAAGCGGCAGGGGAAUCAAGGGGUGCAUACAGUUGGUUUUCUUUUUUCCCCCGCUCUCUUCUCCCAAAUCCUGAUCUCCCCAAAAGAACUAAGCAACUCCCCCUCGACGUUUUUCAACUCUAAAAAGCCAAAACCUGCCCCUUUCUUCUCUCCUUGGAAUUACUUACGGGAUUUCGACACUUGUAAUAAUUUUACUUUUCAAGAAAGUCACCGCCACCCCCAUUUUCCGGAGCCCGUGCCCGCCUUUCGCCUCGUGUGAUUCAGUGCAGCUACCAGGGAUCAUCGCCUCGUCGCCCGGGUUUGCAUCCCCUCGCCGGGUGGGUCCGGCGGCAGCGGCGACGGCUCGAGCGGCGGAGCCUUCCCCCCGGGGUCCGGCCGGCGGCCUUGCGGCGCUCUCAUGCUGCUGCUGCGGAAGCUGCCGGGCUGGCCGCCGUCGGGGCUGCGGCUGCCGCACAAGUUCGUGGUGCUCCUCUUCCUCUCGGGCCUGCUCACGCUGUGCUUCGGAGCCCUCUUCCUCCUGCCCGACUCGUCCCGCUUCAGGCGCCUCUUCUUGCCCCGCCGCGGAGCAGACCCGGACCUGACCCGCAGCUCCCUGCCGCCGCCGCCACCGGGCUCCGACCCCGGCCGCCAUGCAGCAGCCCCCAGCCCGCCUUCGCCGCUCCUCAGGGACCCCAGACUCCCGCCAGCCGUGGCAGCCCCCAAGCGAGAGCGCCACCAACGCCGCCCCCACGGGCCGCCCGGUGCGGGGACCGACCCUGCCGCCGCCGCCGACCCUCUUCUACGGCAGACCCGGGCCCCGUUCCGCUUCGACCACCCAGCCUUUCUGCAGAGGCUCCGCCACCCGGUGCUGGGCAGGAGGAGAGGGAGAAGCGGCACCGAAGACCCCGCGCUCCGCUUCAGGAGGCUGAAGAUCAAGGAGAUGAUGAAGUUUGCUUGGGAUAACUACAAGCAGUAUGCAAUGGGGAAAAAUGAACUUCGACCCCUCACUAAGAAUGGACACAUUGGUAACAUGUUUGGAGGCCUCCGUGGAGCAACAGUGGUGGAUGCUUUAGACACUCUGUAUGUGAUGGAGCUGCACGAAGAAUUCCAAGAAGCCAAAAAUUGGGUGGAGCAGAACUUUGACUUGAAUGUGAACGGUGAAGCUUCCUUGUUUGAAGUGAACAUCCGAUACAUCGGAGGGUUGCUGGCUGCAUUCUACUUAACCGGCGAAGAGGUCUUCAAGAGUAAAGCUCUAGAACUUGGAGAGAAGCUUUUGCCAGCUUUUAACACGCCGACGGGUAUCCCACGAGGAGUCAUAAACCUGGGCAGUGGCAUGAGCUGGAGCUGGGGGUGGGCAUCUGCAGGCAGCAGCAUUUUGGCAGAAUUCGGCAGCCUGCACCUGGAAUUCCUGCACCUGUCAGAGUUAUCUGGGAAUCCAGUUUAUGCUGAAAAGGUGAUGAACAUCCGCAAAGUUCUGAACAGGAUUGAGAAACCACAGGGGUUGUAUCCCAACUUUCUCAGCCCAGUAACUGGGAACUGGGUACAGCACCACGUUUCCAUUGGUGGCCUUGGAGACAGUUUUUAUGAGUACCUAAUCAAAUCUUGGCUGAUGUCAGACAAGAAGGACGCUGAAGCGAAAAGCAUGUAUGACCGUGCACUAGAGGCCAUAGAAAAAAACCUGGUAAAGAAGUCUGCUGGUGGACUGACUUACAUUGCCGAGUGGCGAGGAGGCAUCUUGGACCAUAAGAUGGGCCACUUGGCUUGCUUCUCAGGUGGCAUGAUCGCCCUUGGAGGGCAGCAUGCGGUGGAAGAGCAGAAGCAGCACUAUAUGGACCUGGCCGCAGAAAUAACACGUACCUGUCAUGAGUCUUACGUGCGUUCAGAUUCCAAGCUGGGUCCAGAAGCGUUUCGCUUUGAUUCUGGCACUGAAGCAGUAGCCACCCGGCUCAGCGAUCGCUAUUACAUUCUGCGCCCUGAAGUUGUUGAAAGUUAUCUGUACAUGUGGAGAUUGACACACGAUCCAAAGUACAGGCAGUGGGGAUGGGAAGUUGUUGAGGCACUCGAGAAAUAUUGCCGAGUAGAAGCUGGUUUCUCUGGGAUCCGGGAUGUUUAUACCACCAACCCGAGUCAUGACAACAUGCAACAGAGUUUUUUCCUGGCAGAGACGUUAAAGUAUCUGUAUCUUCUAUUCUGUGAAGAUGAUGUGCUGUCUCUUGAGGACUGGAUAUUCAACACUGAAGCCCACCCACUGCCUGUGAACCACACAGACUUUAUCCUGAAGACAAGUGCGCAGUAGAGGCGGCCAGCUUCCACAGUGGGGUGCAACGGGUCACUUCUCUCUCUACUUUUCAGUUUGUUUUUUCCUUUCCACUAAAGGAAUGUGUGAUGUUCCCGGAAAGGUAUUUUGGGGGCAUUCGUCCAAUUCCGGACCGUAUUUUAUUGGGAAGUAUAAAAACUGUGAAAAAAGCACCUUCUUUUUUUUCCUCUAUGAGGAACCUUACUUAGCCUGGUAAUGAGAUGUUGGUUAUGGGCCAUAAUAGAGAAUCAUGAACGUUGCUUUCUACAGAGAAUUUAUAUGGAGCUCGCUGACUUUGUUUUCCACGUGGCCAAAGGAUCUGGAGUUUGCCAUAAAAUAGACAUGUUGUGUUCGUGUCUUUUUGGGUUUUUUGCCAUUUUUGUCUCUCUCAUCCAUCAGCUUUAUUUUUUAAUCUAGCGUUGAUUUUUGUAAUCGCUUUUAUCACUUAUAUUUUCAAAAUCACAUGCAUUCUAAAUGGACUCGGUGCCAUCACUGGAUCAAGAAAGGUCUGAAAAAUCCUGAAUCCCAAAAAUUAUUUCUAUGUCACGCUUUCUUUUUUAACCCCCUGUGCUCCUUACAAAAAAAAAUGUUUACUGUCAGUUGCAUCAUGUGUGACCUUGCUUUCCAAUGCUGAAAGUUUUUCUGGGGCUUGGGGGAACCAUUUGCUUUUUUUGUUUUUCUUUGUUUUUAACAUUUGGAGCUUAAAUAUUACAAGGCAUUUGUAAUUAUUUUUGUUUCUGUAAUACUCAGAAAUGUGAAAUAGAAUAAAAAUUUCCUGUCUGAUAA